AUGUCGCCUAAUAAUGUGUUGUUCACGAGCGGCCGCGCCCACCACGCGCCCCCCGUGUUUGCCAAAGCGGCCCGCGCGCCUGUAUACUUAAGCGACGUGCUUUGCUGCGAUCGUGAUAAGAGAACGCGAAAUUCCGCCAUUCGAUUAGCGGCGAUAAUGACGAAGGUGCCAACGAGACGGUCACGGUGCACGGAGACUGAACUGCGAGAU